CAUUCACAGAUUAAAUUUCACGUGCAAAUGCAUGUCCAUGUGCGAGCAAUAUGAAUGGGGAGGAGAAGCGUAUCCACCGAAGAACAACCAAGGCAUAGAGCUCAAUGUUUAACCUCUCGAAUAUCCCAAACAGCAGGUGUCCAAACAAACCAUGAUAGAGAUGAUGAUGAUGAUGAUGAUGAUGAUGAUGAAAAGUAAAAAGAUCAUAGCCAUAAGCAUUUAUAGCUUAGUUGUGUUCCUCUACAUAUGUUACCAGUAGACGAAUGUAUAUACAAGAAUUGUACUCCAUAAUAACUGAAGAUAUGCAACAGCAAAUACUGCCUACGGUAGCUCCACCACAACCAGGAACUCCUACUGGUUCUGGACGUGCAAUGUCGAUGUUCGAUAAACAAAAAUACAUCGAAGAUUAUGAUUUUCCAUAUUGCGAUGAAUCUUCUAAAUAUGAGAAAGUGGCAAAAAUCGGUCAAGGUACGUUUGGUGAGGUAUUUAAAGCGCGCGAAAAGAAAAGUAAUAAAAAAUUUGUGGCUAUGAAGAAAGUCUUAAUGGAAAAUGAAAAAGAAGGGUUUCCAAUUACGGCUCUCAGAGAAAUACGUAUAUUACAACUACUUAAACAUGAGAAUGUCGUUAAUCUGAUAGAGAUAUGUCGUACGAAAGCUACUGCUCAUAACGGUUACCGUUCCACUUUUUAUUUAGUAUUCGAUUUCUGCGAACACGAUUUGGCCGGCUUACUCUCGAACAUGAAUGUAAAGUUCAGUUUGGGUGAAAUUAAAAAAGUCAUGCAGCAAUUGCUAAAUGGUCUGUACUAUAUUCACAGUAAUAAGAUAUUGCACCGCGAUAUGAAGGCUGCUAAUGUCCUGAUAACUAAGCACGGAGUCUUGAAAUUGGCUGAUUUUGGCUUGGCUCGAGCUUUUAGUAUACCAAAAAAUAAUGUUACAAAUCGCUAUACAAAUCGUGUGGUUACAUUAUGGUAUCGUCCGCCAGAAUUAUUAUUAGGGGAUCGUAAUUACGGUCCGCCAGUUGAUAUGUGGGGAGCUGGUUGCAUAAUGGCAGAAAUGUGGACACGUUCACCUAUCAUGCAAGGCAAUACUGAGCAACAACAAUUGACUCUCAUCUAUCAGUUGUGUGGCUCUUUCAGUCCUGAGGUAUGGCCAGGUGUAGACGAACUGGAAUUGUAUAACAAAUUGGAAUUUCCAAAAAAUCAAAAGCGACGUGUUAAGGAGAGGUUGAGGCCUUAUGUUAAAGAUGCUUACGGGUGCGAUUUACUGGAUAAGCUUUUAACGCUCGAUCCCAAAAAACGCAUUGACGCAGAUACGGCUUUGAAUCAUGAUUUCUUUUGGACAGAUCCCAUGCCUUGCGAUUUAGGUAAAAUGUUGUCACAGCACUUGCAAAGCAUGUUUGAAUACUUGGCACAACCGAGACGUACAAAUCAAAUGCGGAAUUAUCAUCAGCCAAUGGUAAAUAUAAAUCAAAAACCUCCUGAUAACACAAUGAUUGACCGCGUGUGGUAAAAUUCGCUGCCAUAAGUAAUUCGAAUGACAAUAUUUAAAGAGGGUCGAAGGAGAAACCAAAUGCAAAGAAAUACAAAAAAAAAGGUCAGAGACCUAUUACGAUCAGGUUUCAAAUAUCGCCUAACUAAUAUUAUAAGUUAGCGCUAUUUCCGGUAUGCGGUCCACGGACUGACAAAGAUUACUCGAUUUGAAAACUGUAUGAAUGCGCUGUAAGUUGCAGUAAAUAUACAGCCCUCUAUGUAAACGUCGGAUUAAGCCGAACCUAGGAACUAAGACGAGUUCUCCAGCUAUAUUUUGAUUAUAUCAUAUUUAUAUUUUUUAAAGAAUUUUUUGAUUGUAUGUAACAGAACAUAAUAAAUAUGGAAAAAAAAAAUUAAAUUAAAAUCACAAAAAUGUCAGGUUUAUUAUGUACCUAGAGAUUUAAUGUAUGUUGCUAAGUAAGGAAAUAAAGUUAAUUUAUAAAUUGAAGUAUAAAAAGUGGAUUAUUUUCUGCAGUCAGAUGCUGCCAAGCUGUGCUUUACUAU